GUCGUAUAAAAAAUAGUACGAAAACCAUACCUUCAAUUUUUUAUUCGACUGAGCGAUGAAUGCCUUGCCUAAUUUCGGUCUAUUAUCUGCAAAUGGUAUUAGACCGUUUCAUAGUUCCAUCAUACCUCCACAAAUAUCACGUUCGUUUAAUAUUGGAACAACACCACCGAUGGUUUUAAAUGGAUUUAAUUUUCAGCAACCAUGUCAACCAUUACCCAAGGCAGUUCAGCAGUAUCUGGAUGUCAACCACAAUGAAAGUAGUCAGAAUCAGGGUAAACAAAAUAUGUUGUCCCCCAACUCUUCCUUUCAAUGUGUACCAUGUAAGAAAUUGUUUCAAGAUCAAAACAGUCUUAGGGCACAUUCAAAGGCUCAUGUGAAGUGUGAGUUUCCAAACUGUUCUUUCAUUGCAUCACGACAAAGUUUAAAGUUACAUGAGAUACAGUGUCACCGAGAGGGGAAGAUGAAAAUCAUCUUAAACACGCCAGAACAAAUUUUUAAAUGGAGGGAAGAGAGAAGAAGGAAUUACCCCACAGUUACAAAUAUGGCAAGAAAAGAAGCUGAACAACAAGAUAGAGUAAAAAGUGGUCAUACAGUUAGAACUAAAGGAUUUAGGUACAACAGAAAACAGGGUUGGAAACAGCAGAGGAGAAAUGCUCACCAAAAGCGAAACAGUGAUGUUCCAUCGACAGAAUUACCAACUAACAAGUUACCAAACAAAGAUUUACCAACGUUUGCGGAACAAAACGAGAAGUGCACAUUCCAGAAUGGAAAUUUGCCUGAUUCAAGCAGUGGGUGUAAUGAAAAACAAGAUAGGUUAUUGAAUCUCAGUUCACUCGCUGCUUCUUACGCAUCAAGUUCGAGUGAUGAAAACGAAAAUGAUGGUAACAGUGUGAAACAAACAGCGACCAUUGCCGAAAAACCUUUGCCAUCCAAACACUGUGCAAAAUUUGAAAGUAAAAAACGAAAGUUAAUGGGGAAUGUUAAUAAGAUUACUGAUAGAAAGGAAAAUCAAGACAGACGAAAAAAGAAACGUAAAGAGAAUAAAACAGGUCCAAACCGUGCGAGGCCAACAAUUUUGGAAAUGCUGUUAGCGUCAGAUAUUCGCCAUGAAAGAAAUGUUAUGUUGCAGUGCGUUCGCUUCAUUGUCAAAAGAAACUUUUUUGGUGCAGACUGAGAACGUACGUACACACGUAUACUAUAAAGGAAGGGACCAGGGCACUUAUACUCUAUAAGCGCCCUAGAAGAGACUGUAUGGGAAAGGAAUACUGUGCAUGUGUUCAUUUUUGUCUAUUAUGUUGCAAACCUGGCCAAAGAACCUGACAUGACUUUCAUUUACUUUAAACUAGACUUUGCAUGCGUUUUGAUUUUCAGAAAAAGUCACAAAGUCUUGUUAGACUUUUUGUAAUGACUAGGGCAUCAUUUCGCCUUGAAACAAGCAAAGACAGGAUGAUGCCUUUGACUUUACAUUUCUUCUAAUCUUCCCAAUUUCCCUUGCGUCCUCAUUUGAUCCAUGCAGGCUUAAGAGUCGCCAGUUUUACAAAGUUACAAUAUGCACCAGGAUGCAAAUGGAGGAGAGUGGAAAUGUGUAUAUUCAUACUGUACCUUAGUGGAGUGGCACAUGCAUAUCCUCACAAAAAAAUGAAAACAGGAAUUGUGAAAGAGAGGAAAGAGAAGUAACCUUGUUGCAUAAAGGUCUCACCAGUGAACUGUCUUUAGGUCCUUUACCCACUUGAUAUUGGGAAAAAAACUGAACCGUUGCUAUAGACAAUGACACCUUUUUCUAACAGAGACAUUACUAACAUCCAAGUACAACUAACACUGAUUACUGCACAAGUUAAUAAACUCUUUAAAGUAUGGAUACCCACAAAAGCAAAGCAAAAGGACUAAAAUUAAACUGCUACAAUCAAUAAAGCCUUCAUAUUAAUAUACUGCACUAAAAUUGCAUAUAUGAUAUGUAUUAUACAUAAAAAAAUUUACAGAAUAUGAGAAUGGGAGUACAGAUGAAAAUC